CAUAUUUAAAAAUGGACGGAAUUUUAGCAUUAGGUCAUUUUUGCGAAUCUCACGGGCCGUGUGUAAUACUUUGCACUCAAAGAUGCAAAGAGGAGCCUAAGCAAUUCCCCCACAGCCUUACAGUUCCGGUAUGUGAAGCUUGUCAGUCUUUGGAUUUGGAACAAGCCAUGGUGAGCAAGGGUGAAAAUACAUGUUAUGUGACGACUCGGACACCUUUGCAGCAAGAUCUUGCAUUUCUGUUGAAGCAGGCUGUUGUUAGAAGUCUUAGUUGUGAAGAGACAAGUAAAGAUGGCGGUACCUUGUAUUUUGGAGAUAAUGAGAGGGGGCAUGUAAUAAGCCAUAUUUUUUCUGUACAUGAUUCGUUGGCAAGGGGAUUUCUGAGGAAGUAUUGUAUUUUAUUGCUCAUGAGAGACAGGAUACACUUGUUGAACUCUUGGCCAUUUAUAACCAAACAUGUAAAGCAAAUUUCUGAGGAUUUACAAAAGAAAUCUGAGAAAGUUAAUAACAUUGAGCAAAUGCAUAAAUCUCAGAGAGCAGUGAGGCAAGCCCAAGGUUCUCCUACUAGUGUAACAAGGUCUUUAUCACAGCUUACUGGAGAACCAGCAGUAUUUGCUCAUAUGCACCUGUGGUUUACUUGGCUAUUAAGUGCAGAAACUGUUGUUGAAAAGCCCUUAAAUGUGCCUGAGUUCCCAGUAGAAUGUAAUGCUUUAAGAUUGAGGGAAAUCAUUAGAAAUAUGAGUCAGGAUGUGUUCCACAAGGUUUGCUACUGUUUCCUCACUGGUAUAAAAGUAGAAACAAAUGAUCAAGAAAUAACACCUACCUUCCAACAGCUCUUACCUAAAAAAUUUACUUUACCAAAGACUGGAGAUGUAUGCAAGUUGGAAAAAAACAAUGAUGGCUCAUAUUCCGUGGUCUGGAGUGGCUGUUUGCCACAAAAACUGCCAACAUUACUUAGGUCUGUAGAAAGUGCCUUGAGAGAUACAAAUCUCCCAGAUUUGGCUCUCAAUUCUUAUAUUACAAGUCUUUUGUUGAAAUGGCAUAACAUUGCGUCAGUUAUAUGCCAAGCUCCAAGUAAUAGCUCUGAAUUGUUGAAGGCUCUGGGAGUUCAGAAGUGUGAUAUGCCUCUGUUGUCAUAUUGGAUUGCAUAUUGCAAAAGUUAAUUCUUAAUUAAUAAUUGUAUUUUGUGUAAAAUAUAAAAUGUUUAUUUUU